CGAGGCGUAGCAGCGGCACGCGGUUGUAGAGCAGCUGCGAAUCGUCUAGAAGCAGCGAAGCACUCGCAGCGAUGCGCCAUUCCUUGGUACUUGCAGUCGUGUGGCUCGCCGCCCCGUGCCAGGGCUGGGUAGCACCACCACCUCGAUUGUGCAAAACUGCAGCGCCACCUCGACGCGGCCGACGCAGGACACCAGAACUGCUCAGCAACGAUAAUGAAGACGACCUCCCCGAGGAGACCAUCGGCGCCGCGUGGGAGGCGGGCCUAGAGAACGGCCGCGCGAUCGGGAAGACCGUCGUCGCGCGCUUCGCGUCGCCGAUCGUCGACGACCAGGGCCUGAUCAUCGCCGACGCGUUGGUGGCGGGGAUCGUCGCACCGGGGCUGGAGAUCAUCACCUGCACUUUGACAGGUUUUCCGCUGCCGAGCUGGUCUGCUGUCUUCGGAGCUAGGAGACUGGUCGCCCCGACUUUACUAAGGGGCGCGACGCUGUCGACGUGCUGGUUCGGCGGCGCGUUGAGUGCGCGGCUCUACGCGCGCGACGCGUAUGAUUUUCCUCCCCCAAAUGGCGCGGAGGACCGGUUCGCCGUCACAUUUAAACGGACGCUGCAGGCGGGCGCCUUCGCGACGGCCCUACUUAUUUUCAGCACGCAGCUGCGACUACUACUCACAUUUGGCUUCUGGCCCCAACUCGGCGACUCGCCGGCAUCCGACGCCGAAAUCCUGCGCCAGUUCUCGGACUUGGUGCGGGACGGCCUCACCGAGGCACUUGUGUUGAUGAGCUGGCGACUCACCAGGACCGAGCUAAGUAGGUUAGACUAG